AUGCGUCCGACCACCGCUGUCGCCUCGUUCGACAUGUUCAGCACUCGACAUGACAUCGCUCGGUUGGGUGACAGCAUCGGCAUGCACCGGCACAGGCGAAAACGCGAGGCCCUGGCUAACCGUUCGAACGUAAAUGGAGAAGGACGAAUUCAAGUUUUUCGUUUGCCGGCAACUGUUCCCAUCGAGGAUCCCUCGAGACGACUUGAAUGA